AUGAGGUUCUGGGCAUCCUUUGUCAUCUUGGUUCUUCUCACUCUCUGCUUAAAGCACAAGGCUGCUUCAAUAAAUGAUGACAUCUGCAAGCUUCCUAAAGACGAGGGGUACUGUCGAGCUCUUGUCUCUAGGUGGUAUUAUGACCAUAUGGCCAGAUCAUGUCAACAUUUUUUCUAUGGAGGCUGUGGAGGUAACAGCAACAACUUCAAAAGCAAAGUUGAAUGCAUGAAAAACUGCAGGAGAUCUGACAUAUGCCAAUUGCCUGAAGACCAGGGUCCCUGCCGAGGUUUUCUUGCUAGGUGGUUUUUCAACAAGAAGAACAAAAGAUGUGAGGCGAUCGUCUUCGGAGGCUGUGGAGGCAACGCCAACAUCUUCAAAACCAAAUUGCAAUGUAUGAUAGCUUGCAGCAAUAAAGCUUUUUACCAGGUGGGCAUCCCUGGAUUCAACUUCAGUAUCUGUGUCUACAUGCCACAGGGAAAGAUUUGUAGCCCUUACUGUGGCAAGCAGUAA